UCCAAAGAGAGGGAAAAUCCAACAAGAGAAACCAAACAAUGGCACCAAAGAAGAGUAACGAAAGAGUGAGUACCACAGUCACCGCCAAGAAAAUGGUCGAAGAAACUCUCCAAGUAGUUGUUACACCACUCACUGACGAAACACAAGAGAAAGAAAAUAAACAACAAGAACAGGCAGAAGAAGGAGAGAAAGGGCAGAAUAAGAAACCAACGAAGAUCGUAAAAGAAGGCAAAAGGAAGAAAAAGAAGAGGACUAAAGUAGGUUAUGGGAGAUAUAUUUAUAAGGUAAUGAAGCAAGUGCAUCCCGAUUUGGGAAUAUCAUCAAAAGCUAUGAUCAUAUUGGACAAUUUGAUGGGAGACAUGUUUGAGAGAAUUGCAGAGGCAGCAGCAACGUUGUCAAAGUACGUAGGGAGGACAACGUUGUCGUCGAGGGAGAUUCAGGGUGCUGUGAAGAUGGUGUUGCCUGGAGAACUUGGGAAGCAUGCCAUUGCUGAAGGAACUAAAGCUGUAGUCAGUUAUGUUACUACUGUUGCUGAAGAAAACAAAUCCAAGACUAAGUGAAGUGGACGUUAAUUUGUUGUAGUGCUAAUUAUAUAUAGGUUUCUAAGUAGUGUUUUCUUUUACUUUGAGUUUUUUCUGUUUGUUUUCUUAACUUAUUAGUGGUUAGCUUCAUGUCUUAGUACGUAGCAGUAGAUAUUUGGAGUAUCGAAAUGCAGUUUGCAUGUAAUUCUUUCAUAUUCAUGCACGGCAAGUAGUAGCAUAUCAUGAAUUUUUACAAGUGGUGUCCGUAUAUUAUCACAAUUCGGCUUGUAUGUCAAUUAGUGUCCAGAC